AUGUAUGAACCACCAGACAGUCUCAAGCAAAAGCUUGAUUCUUACUUCCUUUCUGACAAUUCUUCUUCCCUAUCUGACUGGAAUAAUUGGAGUUUUCUCUCCUUCUUGGAAUUUGCAAAAAAGAGAAGAAUCUUGUCAAUAAAAAAUAAAAGAGAUCUCCACCAAAGGUUUUCAAACUCUCUAAACGCAAUUCUAAUGUCAGACGCGUCAAGGAAGGUGAAAGAAGUGACUAAGGCUCUGCAGAGUAAGAUGUGUUCGACUAGUGUUGAUUUGUUCUGGAAGGAAGUUCAGACAAAUGAGGAAAUUGCUAUUGCGCAAGCUGAAUAUCAGCGCAAACAAACUUUCAUCGAAUUAAAAAAUGGGUUUGAAAAUAGGGUGAUUGAGAGUCGCGAAAGAGAAGUAAAGAAGGAUGUGAAUAAGGCACUGUCGGUGUUGGAUGCUCCCACAAUACCACCACCUGGUAAUGCUUCCACAGCACCACCACUUCAUUAUACUCCUACAACACCACCUUGUAAUGCUUCCACAAUGCCACCACCACUAUCACAGAAUAUUCUUAAACGUCCUCUUGAUAUUUACGAGACAAAAGCUUUGGGGCAAUCAGUGAUAUCGCAUUUUGAAGCAAAGAUGCAAGAAUAUAAACCUAAGAAAGCUUUAUCCACAGAAGUUAUGAGAAUCUUGAAAACAUUUAAUGUUUCAUCUUUAGAAGACCUUGGAAAAGCACUUGACGAUGUCAAAAUUGAUUACAAUAAUUUGGAUCGUGAUAUUAUCUACUUGCGUUGUCUUUUCGAAAAUUAUAAAUCAACAAUAAACUUCGAUAACAGAGACCUACCGGAAGGCUGGUAUAACAGCCACAUCGUAGCACCAAUAUUCGAUGAUUGCCUCGAAUCGAUAGAUGAAUGUAUUCUCCGAUGCAGACAGUUUGAGUUUAUAUACGUAGAGACGGCAACAACUUCUGUACUUUCAAAGUCAGAUAAAGAUUUAUCGAAGCUACACAAUGCUAUUAUCCUUAUAUUUAAGCAUAUGGUAUUAACGUUACUGGAAAAAUUACUACACGAGAUUUCAUCCAUGCCCAUUCUUUGCGUGCAAUUCAGCGGAGUAAGCGUUGAAGUAUAUUUAGCAAUCUGGUUAGCAAACAUGCGACCGGUAGUUUUUUCAAUUAUAGACUUCGAGAUAGCAGAAGAGAUAACGACAUUUCUGAAAAUGACAAAGGUUGCCGCCAAAAUGCUGUCAUUGCGGCCUUUCAUUCAAAAUCUACAUAAAAGAUACCAAACAUUGUUAACGAAAGAGGCCGACUAUUAUUUGAAUGAUGACAAUACCUGGACAUCACCAAUAAGGAUGAAAGCUCGUCAUUAA